GACUGAGGGAAAAACAUGACGGAGCAGUCAAAGAACAAGGAAGACCGCAAAAACUUGCUUGUAAUUAAAGUCACAAGUUGUCAUGCGUACUUAGCAUGAUAGAAGGGAAGUGCCCUCAUAACAGAGCCACAGUGUUACUGUCCGCACACUCUCCGUUAGUCCUCUGUCCCUAUUCCUGCUGUUUGCGCAUUAAACUGUAACUAAACAGUUAGGACGGUCAGCUUUAGUGGCGCGACUUUGUUCAAAUGGAUUUGUCCGAAUAGUUUAUAAAUCCGCGUGGGAGUCUUUUCUAAAAUUAUAGUCCAAAUGAGUCGAUAGGAAAACAAACAUUACCGGCGGCAAUAAGUUAAAAAUGUAUUGUUAGGACGAGUAAAAAAACAACAUCAACAAAAAAACAAAACAAAACACCAUGGCAGACAUAAGGACCUUCAACGUUGUGAUUUUGGGACUGGGUUUUUUGUUUAUUUUCACCGCCUUCACCACCUGUGGGAACAUUGAACAAACUGUGGUGAAAAGCCUGCAGAAUGAUACUUUCUCUGGGAGUGGGUACCACAGUCUUGGAAUCAUCUAUGGGGUCUUUUCAUUCUCCAAUUUACUUGCACCAACAGUCGUUGCAGUAAUUGGACCAAAAAUGACUAUGUUCUUGAGUGGCAUACUUUAUAGUGGGUACAUUGCUGUGUUUAUCUUCCCUUCAACAUGGUCCUUUUACUUGACCUCUGUACUGAUCGGCAUCGGAGCAGCCAUGCUCUGGACCGCUCAAGGACACUUUCUGGUGGAGAACUCGGAGGCUUCCACCAUCAACAGGAACACAGGGAUGUUCUGGGCUCUACUACAGUGCAGCAUGGUGUUUGGCAAUCUUUACAUUUAUUUUGACUGGAAUGGAAAAACAGAGAUAUCAGACAGCAGCAGGAAAAACAUUUUUCUGUCCCUGUUGGUCACCUCCGUAGUCGGCACACUCAGCUUUCUGGUGUUGAGAAAGAGUCAUCAUGAAGAGGAGAUGCUCUCUGAAGAGGAAGGGCAGUCGCUGCUCUCAACUCGUAUGAUGUAUAAGCACAGAGCAAACACUGCCAUGCAGGAUGCCAAAUCGGAUUUCAAAACCAUCCUGCAACUCCUUAAGACUAAAACUAUACUGCUUCUGAGUCCCUGCAUGGCGUACAGUGGCCUGGAGCUAUCUUUCUACAGAGUGUAUGGGACAUGUAUUGGAGCAACUACACACUUUGGAGAAGCAGCUAAAGGCUUGAUUGGGAUCUCUGGGAUUGUGGUAGGCAUAGGAGAAAUUGUGGGUGGAGGCUUAUUUGGAUUGUUGUUUAAGAACAAUCGCUUCAGACGGACGUCUGUGGUGUUUUUGGGAAUGGUUGUCCAUUUCGUUGCUGUCUAUUUGAUCUUUCUCAACAUGCCUGAUGAUGCCCCUGUCGUCUUUAAUACCACCACCCAAAGUAAACCGUAUCUAACUCCAAGUAUAUCCAUUGCCCUGCUGUGCAGCUUCUUACUUGGACUUGGUGACAGUUGUUUCAACACACAGCUCUACAGCAUAUUAGGCUGUGUUUAUGCUGAACAAAGCACGCCUGCCUUUGCCAUCUUUAAAUUCAUCCAGUCUGUUUUUGCAGCGGUGGCAUUCUUCUACAGCGGUUACCUCCUGUUGAAGUGGCAGCUCCUGCUGAUGGUCAUCCUGGGCUUCACUGGAACGCUGUGCUUCUUCGUGGUGGAGAGGAUGCAGAACAUCUCUGUGGAUUUACAAGAAUAUUAGAAAGGAGACUUGAUUGUUUUGAGAGAGAAUCUAUGACCACCUGAGAAAAAAAAAAAAAACAAUCCUGUAUCUAUUAUUUUACGAGGGUUUAUUUUAAAGGGGAACACCACCUAGAUUAAUAAUUCCAAUAUUUCAUUUACAUGGCCUUGGCAAGUUGAGCUAGUCUCUCUCAAAGCCAGAAACCAGAGAAAAAGUCUCAACCUUGUGAUGUUGUAGGGUAUAAGGUCUGGAGCUGCUCCAUAGACAAUGGAUGGGAGCCUGAUUUUGUGGACCCACAUAAUGUUUUUCUUUUUUUUUUUCAAAUAUCUGAAUGAGUUUCUUUGUAGUGUUCCAACUCUGAAACAUAAAACAUACCCAUAUACUCAGAGCAUUCUCCUGGGUGCUUGCAGUGUCAUCUAAAAAACCCUGUGACAUCACAAAUUGAUUUUUUACCACUCUCGUUUUUGGAUUCAGGAUAGAGUUGUUUGUGUAAGGCUACUUAUGUUUUUGGACUGUCCUAGACUAUGGUAAUAACAUUAAUUUUGAAAUAGGUGAAGUUUCCCUUUAAGAUCUAUUUUUCUUGAAAAUGCACUGAAGGUCAUAUGCAUUUGGAUAACAUUGACACUCAAAAUAGUUUCAAUUGUAUCCACUACUGAAGUCCAGUUGCCUUAAGAAAAGAUUUGAAUAGCAUAAUAUGGUUAUAGAUUAGCCUGGAUUGUACCUUGAACACGUUCUGUUCUUAUUCAAACUAAACAGUAUCAAUGUUAAUUAUUAAUAUAAUUUCUUCACUGCACUGCUGCACUGUUGGUAUGACUGUAACAUAUAAAGAAAAAUAACCACUCACCUUAUCUCAUGCUUAUUUGCAUUGCUUCCAGCUCAGGUUUGUUAUUAAAGACUGUGUCAUGUUGUUGAAAAUAUUUUAUGUAUCUAAAACUGUUACUCUUGAAGCUGUUUAUAGUUUGUCAUCAUGAUUGACAGUUUGAUAAACAUAAAUGAGAGAAAAUAAUGCAACAUUUUUUCCUGCCAUGUUUCAGAAAAACCUUAACUAAUUGAUUCCUGACAAUCAAUCUUAAUCUUUUUUUUUUGUAAAUUUUGCAUGUUGUUAGUGUUUUACCCCAGAUUUUGUGAAUCCGUUAUGAAUAAAGUUUUAUGCUUUUUGCA